CUCAUUCACAAAUGAUGCGCACUUACGCUUCGUCACCAUGCCGCGAGAAGCGUUUAUGCGCGAUGUAAAAUCUCCGCCCCGAAUUGGCAAUCCCCGAAUGCGCAUGCGCGGUGGUGAUUGAUACUCGAUGGUCGACAAUUCGUUCGGAAUGGAUAAUACUUAGAAAUCAUUUCUUAAAAAAAUCAUAACUUGAGUUAUUCUUCAUCAUAUGUCUUAAUCAAUACAUCAUCGUAAUGGGUGACACAUUUUCUUUAUGUUGAGGUGAAAGAAGCGGCAACUGCACUGAUUGCUUUUCACAAGACACAAAAAGAUGGAAAUGAAAUGCUGUUUGGAGAACCAUUCAAGGUCCAGCUACAGCUGUCUGUCUGGAAGAUAACAACCAAGAAGAGUUCCACUCAUAAAAUAAAGCUACCUCACAGACCGCAUGCUGGAAGCCUUAAUGUGUGUCUGUUUGUCAAGGAUGAACCAAAUAUCGACUCAGAGAGAUGCCAAGCCCUUUUUAAAGACAAACUCCAUAGCAAGGGUGUAAACAAUGUCAGUGAGGUUAUUCCUUUGAAGACGUUCAAGAAAGAGUAUAUUCCGUUUGAGGCUCGUAGGAAGAUGGCAAGGUCGUACGAUCUCUUCUUGGCAGACGAUAGAAUCAUCCGAUUGAUGCAUUCAAAUCUUGGUAAAGAAUUCUACAAACGCAAUAAGUAUCCAGUCACAGUGAAUCUUGGAAAAACAGAUUUGAAGAAAGAGAUUACUGAGACAAUCGAUGCUGCCUAUCUUAUUCUCACCCAUAGAGGGAGCUGCAGCACUGUCACUGUGGCUAAUAUUGGUAUGAGCGCAAAAGAGAUCACAGAUAACAUCAUGUCUGCUAUCACAUCGCUGAAGAAGAUUGUACCUGAAGGCUGGUCUAAUGUCAAAUCUAUCUUUGUAAGGACGGAGAAGUCUGUCUCGCUCCCUAUCUACACAUCCCUAGUCCAUGAAGAAUGGAAACAGAAUGAGGUGGAAGAAAAUGUGCUUGAUAAUUCAGACAUUACGCAAAUGCAAACACAGCUGAGAUUUGAAGCGGAGGAAGCAGCAAAGAAGGAUGGAUCAGAUGAGGAUGGUGAGGUGGAAAAGAAGACAGUAAAAAGAAGGAAAGAAGAUUCAGUCACACCAGGAAAGCUAGCCAAGAAAGCAAAGCAAGGAAGCAGUGGUCAAGCUAGUACUAGGAAACCAACACCAAAGAUUGGGGGAAAGAAAAAGAAAUGAACUCUACUUAGGACAACAGAUAAGAUAAUCCCAACUAAAGAUGAACAGUUGUUGACUAUAUUACGCCCUGUUUAAUGGAUCAUUUCAUCUUUCACUUUAUGAAGUAUUUCGUCCAUUGCACUUAAAAAUAAUAAGGAUUUGUAUUGCACACAUCCACCUUGUUAGGUGCUCAAGGCGAUCCUAUAUCACCCCGGCUAAUCUAGUCUACUGAUUCAGGUGCUCACAGCUUUUUCAGGAGUUACUUCCUGCUGGUACCCAUUUGCCUCGCCAGCGGGUAAAUUAAAGGAAAACACGUCAUAGCUUGGAUUGAAACCCAUGUCCCUCAUAUUGAAAGACGAGAGUCUUAACCGCUAGACCACAACGUCCCCACAUGAAUGUUCUUUAUUUGUAUAAUAGACUUUUUAUAGAGCUCAUAUGGAGGCAUAGGCUCACAGCUUAGUGAUUGAUCGUGAAGUUGAAUUCUAUGAUUGAUUGCAGUUAACGAUCAAUGCAAUUAAUCAUUAAAAUCAAUCCAAUGAUCAAAUGUUGAACUUUGUGUAAUGAGAGAUAAUUCAUUAAUGUGGAUGACUUUUAAAUCAUAGUUAUGAUAAAAGUGUAUCAUUCUUCACAACAGGCAGAGUAAUGCUUAGUCGAGUCAGUAAUGGAGUAGGCCUACAGUCUCCAUUUUUUUUUUUUUUCAUUUCAACAUUUUUGAUACCAUAUUUUGUUACAGCAUGUUGAAAAACCCCCACUACCAAAAUUCGGUGGGAAUCGGUCCAUGGGGCCGUAGAUAUGACCUCAUGAAAACAUAAUUAGCCCCACUGAAAUCAAUAUAUUUUGGCCUGGUUCUAAAUAAUACAUCUCCAAAAUCUCACAAAUAAAAAAUCUCAAAAUCAAAGUGAAAGGUCAUUUGAGGUCUGAGUUUCAACGGAAUUAGAAACAAAUUGUUAUAUUCCCCCAAUUUAAAAAAGAUUUCAAUCUUCAUGCCAACACAUGGUUAAAGUUCAUUGACCCUAAAUGACAUUUGACCUUGGUCCUGUGAAACUUUAAAUUUGAUUUAGCCGUGGCAAAUUCCAACAGUUGAAUUUCAUGUGGCAAAAAACACAAUUUAAUGUUUUGAAGCUUUGUGGAUUCGCUUUGAGUCACUUUUGGUUCAUGAGUAAUUUUUAUUUUCUUAAAACUUAUGAACGAAAAGCGAUUGCAUUAUUUAUGAGUGAAUUGAAAUUUAUAUAAAAGCAAAGGUAUUUAAGAGCUAAAUUCCAUUGCCAGGUAAAUCUGCUUAUGUUCCACAAGUCAAAUUUAUCACCCAAGAAGAAUAACGUUUUUAGAUCAGCUCAUGUAAAACAUGUUAACAUCUUCCAAGGCAAAAAGAUUUCUGUGAUCCCGAAAGAUUUGACUUUGGUAAAGUUACUUGUAGUUUACAUUUCCACAUUUAUAUUUGUGUGUUUUAUUGAUUCAAUGACAAUUUACCCUCUUGAAAAUCUCCACAUUAGUUUAUGUAGACCCUAAACUAAAACCAAAAUGUUUCUAAGCGCUGCAUACUACUACCCCGGCUUAAGCAUGGCUACCCUGAUCGGGCACAUCGAGCAUUCAAGGUAUUCCUUCCUAUCAGGUACCCAUUUACUACACCUGGGUGGAGAGUGGCAAACGUAGAUAAACAUCUUGCCAAAGAAUGCAAGCGCUGUGGUUGGAUUCGAACCCUGGAUCUUGUGGUUCAAAGUCCGGAGACCUAUCCACUGAGCCACAGCACUCCUACAAAUGAAUACAAAAAAUUAAACAUGACAUACAAUGACUGGUCUACUAGUACAUUUCAUUUUAUUAUGAAGAUUAUAAUCCACUUCAUUAAAUGUUUUUCAAUGCCA